UUUCGUUCGUCAAAUAUACCUACUUGCUUACCUAGAGGCAUCGAAGGCUUUUGUAUCAUAUUAGCCGCAUAAAUUAAGUGGGUGCGGUACUUUCCAUAAGUAAGGAUGUAGUUGGUCGCUAUUGUAGUCAAGGCGAGGUAGUAGAAACAUGUUGUAUUGCGUUUCCAUUAUUAUUGUAUAUUUUUUCAAUGAAGUACAGCUACAAAUGACUACUAGUAAUUAUGUCGCGUAUGUAUAUAGUAAUCUUCACGAGGAUAUCUCAACGAACGUCUUUUCAGUAUUGAUUUUAUUGUUCAGUUGUUACUUCACUUAUGUCGAUAUCAGCAUUUUCACCAUUUACUAAGGUUUGUAUAUUCCACUUGAUAAGUAAAGGCUAUGUCUGUUUUGCUUAAGAACGAGUUAAAAAGUAAUCAGCUUCUGUGCCGUUAUGGAUACCGUCGUAUGAUAGUUUCUCUGAAUUUGUGAUUUUUUUGCCCGACCGCGGCCAUAUGAUAUGUCUGCGAAAUCGCCUUGUUUUGUAAAUACUCUUAUCACAUCACCGAAAUUAUUAUUUCGGUGAAGCGAAGCGUAUGGUCAACGGUGAGCGUUCUCGUUAGAACUGUGCUCUUUGACGUAGAGAUUGUGUUACCAAACCUGGUUAGUUGACGACUGUACUUGAGCUUUGCCUAGACACAGUUAUUUGCCAUAUCUUGUUCUGGGUUUUUAUAUAACCCGUAUCAUUCUAGUUUACCUGGUCCAUGGCUUGCUAUCAAAGUAGUUUCCUUGAAAUACUCUAAUUAACGAUGCACAAGUGUUCGAUCUUUCCAAAUGUUAACUUGUUAAAAACUAAUUUACUUGCCUAUUUUAUAAAAGGAAGAAUCGAAUUAGUCGAUCCCGGACUACUCUGCCAUGGAUGUUUUGUCAUCGCAGCAUUCGAUCGAAAACCAAGUGAUCAGAUUUGGACGAACUCAUUCCCUAAAGUAAUUGCUUCUUUGCCUAUCCGCAUCGUAACGUGCAAACUUUUUUAAUCGAAUUCAUUGGAAUCUGUAAUAUCCGGAAGAUGUCAUUGCGCAUAAAUGACUAAUUGGAAUAAAUCACUAAGGAAUGAUUGACUUUAUAGCGUUGAUUUUAUAGUCUAGAAAAUCAUAGCACUUGUGUUGGCAAUGUAUAUCAGAGUAGUUUCGACUUCAGAACCAAACGUCUAUAGUCAUUUCAACUAAAGAGUCAGAGUAGCUAAUUUCAAUUAUCCAUGGGUAAGUACUUCAGUUCCUUUAUACCGUGAUAAGACUUCCCUCAGACCUGGAAUUUGCUUGUUUUAGUCUUAUACGUCCAUAAGCAUAUUCUGGCUUUGGAGCUAACAUAGCAUACCCGAUUAAGUACGAUAAAUAAUUUGAGUCGGCUUGAAGUUUUCUAUCGUAGUUUAAAAAGCUUAAAGUUAUUAUUCCCGUAACGUGUUAAUGCCAGUUUAGGAUCACAGAUAACUCUGUCUCAUUUAGCCUGCUAAUAUAACUGUCGUUUGUUUGGUCUUCAAUUUAAGCCUUUGCAGACUUGAAAAUAAGUUUUGUCAUCUCCUUUAUUCUAUUAAUUGCAGUUUACACGUGUUCCUUGUAAAUGACGACGUGUUUUUGUCUCCCACUUAUUCUGUUUCUACAUGGAUCAAACUUCUAUAACCGUGGAAAGCAGUCGUAAUUAUUUCUUACCAGUAAACUGAAUUUCUGUGCACAAGUUUAGAGAAUUCACACCAUUGACGAAGUUUUUUACCCACUUUCUCAUUCAUUUGGUUAGUUCCCUUUCGACAUACUAAUAUUAAGUAUGGCAACUGCCAUUUCGUGAAUUAUUUACUGUUAUUUUUUAUGUAUUUCUCGUACUAUUAUAAAUAGUUUAAAGUUACACUUAUGUUUGCUUUAUCAUAUAGCUCGUCGAUUAAACAUGAAAAUUAAUUGGAAGUGCCCUGACUGGAAGACUUAUACUCUUGAUCCCCCUCCUUUGAAAGAGCACGUUGAGAAAUUGGCCAAGCUAGGCUUGAAAGAUCCAUGGGCUCGCAAUUAUGCUUGGCAAUAUUUACCGAAAAUUUACAAACCUCGUUCUCAACGGUUUAGAGAAAUACUUCUUGCAAGACUACCUCAUGGUGUAGCUCUAGGAAUUGUAGCCUCGAUCCUAAUAAAUCAAUUUGACAGAUGGCGUAAAGGCGAAUUCAGUGCAGCAAAACAUUAACAAGUCAUCUUGUUUUGUUUCCCAUUCAUUGGAUUUUUAAUUUUCGUUUAAAUUAGUGUUAGAACCUUAAGUGUUAUGUUCAUUGUAAAAGAAAAAAAAUAAUGACAGAAUUCGGGAUCUAUAAAUAUGUAAACGUGACUUACUUGUUCAGUGCUUUGCGUAAAUGGGGUGCAUUUGAAAAUUAAAUAAAUACCUGUCCGAGUAUCA